CACCAUCUGGGCGACGAUUCAAAGGUAUUCCUUCAGCAUGACGGACGAACAGGAAAUCAUGUGCAAGUUAGAAAACAUCCUGGAAGUACGGAACAAAACAAUCCAAAUGCAAAAGAUCAAGUCUCGUCUGAAGAUCGAGUUUGAGGCUUUGGAGUCUGAGGAGAAGCAUCUGAAGGAGUACAAGCAAGAGAUGGAUCUCCUCCUGCAGGAGAAGAUGGCACAUGUCGAAGAGCUCCGCCUCAUCCAUGCAGAUAUCAAUGUGAUGGAAAGCACAAUCAAGCAGUCUGAAAAUGACCUGAACAAGCUGCUCGAAACAACCCGCCGCCUGCAUGACGAGUACAAGCCUCUGAAGGAGCACGUUGAUGCUCUGAGGAUGACUUUGGGACUGCACAGACUCCCUCACCUCAAUGAAGAAGAGGAGAAACUUUCCUUGGAUUACUUUGAGAAACAAAAGGCGGAGUGGCAAAAGGAGCCCCAUGAACCGGCCAUCCCAGAAUCCCUUGCUGCCGCGGCGGCAGCGGCACAGCAACUUCAGGUGUCCCGCAAACAAGACGCCCGCCAGACUGCCACCUUCAGGCAACAACCACCGCCCAUGAAGGCUUGCCUGUCGUGCCACCAGCAGAUUCACCGCAACGCUCCCAUCUGUCCCCUCUGCAAGGCCAAAAGCCGCUCACGCAACCCGAAGAAGCCCAAGAGGAAGCCGGACGAGUAGAGUCUUCGCUCUCUUUACCGCAAACUGGCCCGGCGUGCUGAUCCUGAAUCAAUCAUACGCACAAAAAUGAAAGAUCUACGCAUUUGGAAGACUCCCGUACACUUUGACUAUAUGUAUUACUCGUACUGUACUUAUUAGAUAUCGGUCUACCGUUGAGCCAGGGUUGGGUUGUAUCUACAGUACGUUGUGUAUUCCUCCUAUCUGUGCUUUUUGCUGUUUUAAUAUGUAACUGUUUGGCUUCCUCAUUUGAUUUAUUAUCCCUCAUUUGUGUUCUUGCAAUAACAAAGGUCAUUUGUAUUCAUCAUGAUUAUUGCCUCACAGGUGUCAAACCCAAGGCCCGGGGGCCAGAUCCGGCCCGCCACAUAAUUUUAUGUGGCCCGCGAAGCCAAAAUCUACAGCGUCAAUUUCCAUGAUUCUUGUCAAAAUCGGGACCAAAAUUUCAAAUUGUGUGUCAUAAAUGGUAAAGUUGAGAUCUUACAAGAAUUUUUGUGAUACCAAACGUGAAUAGUUGAAAAAAAAAACACCAUUACACUUGGUUUCUUAUUCCAAAACUAGUUCAUAAAUUGAUGAUGUAAAUAUGAGAUGAUUCAAUAUUUUUAUUUCACAGUCGUAACAGCCCUCUGAGAGAAACCAGAACUACAAUGUGGCCCGUGAGAAAAAUGAGUUUGACACCCCUGCCUUAGAUAAUGUACUGUAAUUUUGUUUUGUUUUUUCAAUUCACUGCAUGCAUGCUUCUGUGGUUGUCAAUUGUAAUCAGUGCCAAAAAAAAAAAAAUACAAUAGGUUUCAUGGCUACAUUAAAUUAAAUAGUGUUGUUUUAAUGUUUUUAAUGUGACCACCAACCCACAUGGGGGGGACAGCCAGACUGACUUGCUUUAAAUUGUGUUGUAAGUUUUAAUACAAUGAUAUGGAAAUAAAUGUCUUUUGUACUAAAAUGUACA